UCCCCUCACAACACCACUUUAGACCAUUUUAAAAAAAAUACCUCUUUCAACAGACAACAAAAGGCUCAUUAAGAGACUGACUAGUUGAAGCAUAUAUACAGAUAUGGCCAUGGAAGUGGCUAUGGAGCUUGAACUUGAUGAUGAUGUAUUCUUUGCAGACAUAAGCAAGCAACUCAAUCUCUUAAUCACAGAUGAAGAUGAACAAAACCCCAUAUCACUUUCCUCUUCUGUCUCUUUCCAGGGUUUGUUCAGAGGGAACUACCAAACAUCAGGAACAACACCAUAUAUGAUGUACAAUGAGCAGAUCAAUUACAACGUUAACAUAAGAGAGAGCAAAGGAACAGGAGUGUUCAUCCCAAGAAGUUGUCAGCCAAGAAGGAAACACAACCAUCCUCAUCAUCAGAAGAAGCAAGGGAGAUUGGGUACCUUCAACCACAAGCAACAGUAUCCUCAUCAUGGCAGCAAUCCCACAAAUAUCAAAAACAACAACCAAGAAAGCAUCACCACCUUUCAUCAUGCAUCUACUAACCAAAGAAGAACCUACAGAGAUGCAGCAUCUCUCUUCACUUAGUCAAUCAAGAUUCGAAGACAUGGAUUUGUGUCCUCAUUAAUUCAUAUAUAUAUAUAUAUAUAUAUAAGAAACUGAUUAUUGAUAUUUUGUAAAAUCAGCAAAUAAUAAGAAUGAAAAGGAGGAAAUCAUCAAAUCUAAAGGGAUUUGGUGUGACUUAUUCAACAA